GCCGCCAUGUUGGUGAGGGCGGUAACGGCGCCGGGGCUCCGCCGCCUGUGCCGGGGCGGGCGGGGCUCUCCCGUCGCCUGCUUCCCGCCGGGCCGGGCGCUGCUGGGCGUGCGCGGCGCCGAGGCCGCCGUGUUCCUGCAGGGGCUGCUCACCAAUGACGUCACGCAGCUGGCGGCGGCGGGCGGGGCCCCCCCCGCGCUGUACGCGCACGCGCUGAACGUGCAGGGUCGCUGCCUGUAUGACGUCAUCCUGUACAGGCUCCACGGGAGCACGGGAGAGGAGCCUCACAUCCUGCUGGAGUGCGACAGCAGCGUCCUGGAGCCCCUCCAGAAACACCUGAAGCUGUACAAGAUCCGCAGGAAAGUCGACAUCGCCCCCUGCCCUGACCUCUCCCUGUGGGCUGUCAUCCCCGGGGAAGGGGCUGGAGACGCCUCCAGCUCCCUCCCAAAACGUGCAGGCCAGGCUGUGCUCUUCACUCCCGACCCCAGGGCGGGAGUCAUGGGCUGGAGGCUGAUCACAAAGAAAGGAGCCAACCUGUCGGAGAUCAUCCCCGGGAGCCGAGUUGGAGACGUUCAGGAUUACCACAGGCACAGGUAUAAACAAGGAAUCCCUGAAGGUGUGAAGGAUCUCCCUCCUGGGGUCGCCCUCCCUCUGGAAUCCAACCUGGCCUACAUGAACGGCAUCAGCUUCACCAAGGGCUGCUACAUCGGGCAGGAGCUGACGGCCAGGACACACCACAUGGGCGUCAUCCGCAAGCGCCUGCUCCCCGUCUCCUUCUCGGCUCCGCUCCCCAGAGACGGCAUUCCCGAGGGCGCCGAGAUCCUCACCGAGUCGGGAAAGGCGGCCGGGAGGUUCCGGGCUGGAGGAGGUGACCUCGGGAUAGCCCUGCUGAGGUUGGCUCACCUGAACGAGCCGCUCUGCAUAAACGUGGGUGGGGACAAAGUGCCGCUCAGCGCCAACACGCCCGAGUGGUGGCCCAAAACUGCUGCUAAGUAGGUGAGGAGCCGCCGUCUGCCUUAAGGAGGAUGUCGUUUUUGGGGGAGAAGUUCGGCCUGCGGCUGAUGGUGGUGGUGUUGGAUGG